UAUUAAUUGAGAAUAUUUAAAUUGAUUAAAUUUUAUUGGUGAAAAAUUAUUGGAAAAUGUAUAAUAAAGUAAAAAAUAAAUUAAAUUAUAAACAUUUAUUAAAUUCUUAAUAAACGUGAAUACUCUAAAAAAAUUUUACUUUCGGAAACAGAGAGUAUAUUUGAAUUCAAACUCCUACAGAUAUAAAUAUCAUCCAAAUCGCAUAUGGCGCUAUCAUAAAAUUUGGUGAAAGAUACCUCAGAGUAAAUGAAAAAUAGUCUUUAGUUAAGCGAUCAAAUACUUUAUAUUCUAACUCACGCGCUUGUACCUAUCUAUAUAGACGUGCAGAAUAACAAAUCUGGUAAUGCAAUAUGCAUAGAUGUCUAUAGGCUUUUUAAGUUCUUUCUUUAUAGCAAAACAUCUGUAACUCUUAGCAGACCUCAUUAGAUCAGAAACAGAGACAGAGAAAAUAAAUUGAGUUACAGACUGUUUCACAUUCUUUCCUUUCUGAGCAGUUCUUUUUUAUGUUUCUUUCCCCUGUUUCACAUUCUUUCCUUUUUGGGUUUAUAUCUCUUGUGGACUCAUCUGCUUGUUCUCUUCUUCCAGUCUUACCUUUUCAUGUACAGCUGCUUCUAAAACAAGAAGAGUUGCGUUUGAUCCAAUGGAAGGAUUAGAAUCGGUUUACGCACAAGCUAUCUAUGGAAUGACCCGAGAGAGCAAAAUCAUGGAGCAUCAAGGAUCAGAUUUGAUCUGGGGAGGAAAUGAACUUAGCAGCUGUUUCAUGUCUGAUAUUGGAAUCAUUGGUGAGACUCAACACCAUCAACAUGUUGGAAACAGAGCUUCUUCGAUAGAUCCAUCAUCGAUCGAUUGUUUGCUGUCAGCGACGACGAACAGCAACAACAUAUCAACGGAAGACGACGAAGGAAUCUCUGUGCUAUUCUCAGAUUGUCAGACUCUUUGGAGCUUUGGUGGAGUCUCACCUGCUGAGUCUGAGAACAGAGAGAUCACUACAGAGACAACAACAACAACAACAAAGCCUAAAUCAUUUAAGAGAAACAGAGGAAACAGAGACGAGACAGGAAACCACUUCUGUCUUGUUGGCCAUGCUCAAGAAGAUUCAGAGAAAGGAAACUUCAAGCUCAUAUACGAUGAGAAUCAAUUAAAAUCCAAGAAGCCAAGAACAGAGAAAGACAGAGAUGGUUCUACAAACAUCAGUUUCCAACAACAUUCAGCUUCUUUGUCUGAUAACGUCGAGCCAGAUACAGAGGCCAUUGCGCAGAUGAAAGAGAUGAUAUACACAGCUGCUGCGUUUAGACCGGUGAAUUUAGGGUUGGAGACCGUUGAGAAACCUAAGAGGAAGAACGUGAAGAUAUCAACGGAUCCUCAAACCGUAGCAGCGAGGCAGAGGAGGGAGAGGGUAAGCGAGAAGAUUAGGGUCUUACAGAACUUGGUUCCAGGUGGGAGUAAGAUGGACACUGCUUCAAUGCUUGAUGAAGCUGCUAACUAUCUCAAGUUCCUUAGAGCGCAAGUAAAGGCUUUAGAAAACUUGAGACCCAAGCUUGACCCAGCCAAUUUUUCCUUCUCCUCACCUUCUUCGUUUCCACUAUUUCACCCAUCUUUUAUUCCCUUUCAAAACCCUAAUCAGGUUCAUCAUCACCAAGAGUGUUGAAUAAUAUAUCGGUUCAUCAUUAACAUAAUCAUAGCUUCUUGAUUGUUUUAACAGUUCUCAAGAAAGGCACUUCUGUGUUGAGAAUGGUGUGUCGGCUAGUGUUGUUUCUAUUUUCAAGUCUUUGUUUUUGCAUUUCUUUUUAUACAAAGUUUUUAGUUUUGUAAUUUCUGAAAUUGUGGAAAACAGAGCCAAAAGAGGCUAAUUUAUUUAUCUUUGCAAUA